ACGAAAUGAAUUAUUCACGCGAAGUUUACAAUAAGGCUGGAUUAAUUUCUUAUGCUAUUCAUCGUAUUUCGCAAAUUCGUGAUACUUCUGAUCUAUGCCUUACAGAAGAUAUGAAAAGGGAUAUAAUUUACAAAGUUGUCUUCGAAGGUUUUCAAGCCAUGGAUGAAAUUGAGUUCGAUGCUUACCUGAAACUUCUUAUUCUUAUUGGCAUUUACCGCUCAUAUGGUGAAAGUCUUAAUUUCCUGUGGGAUGAAUUUAAUGGACAUCUUUUUUUACAGUCAACAUGUCUUUGGAGCGACUUAGCAAUAUUUAUCGUGAACUAGCAUUUGAUGAUAGGCACAUAAGAACAUCAGAACAAAGAGGAGAUAAACUUGCUCCUGUUCGCAAAUGUUAUGAGCAAUAAACUCAAAACUUGCAACUGCCUUACGUUCCAAAUGCAAAUAUAUAACGAUUGACGAACAGCUUAUUGCUUUCCAAGGUAGAUUUUAUUUCGAAGUACACAUGCUUAGUAAAGCUGGGAAAUAUGGCACGAAUGAGCCGAGUCGAAAACGAGUUGUUUUAAACUUAAUAUCCUUAUAACUUGGAAGAUAUGGGAACUGAUAAUUUUUUUGCGAGUCAUAUACAUACUUGCAUUAGAACUGCUAAAGCAAAAAAAAACUAUUUGUUUAAAUAUAACUGGCGUUAAGGCCAAGGGGCGCCAUUUAGUGGUGCGGAGCAACAUAAAUAAUCUUUAUUAGUGUUAGUAAAAUAACAUAUAUAAACCUAACUAUCCUAAUAAUCCUAAUUAUUAACAUAUAGUCCACUUAUUUUAAAUAAUUACCUUUGUCC